AUGGCUCGAUAUUUGAGUUGUUCAUUGCUGAUACUCGGAGUCGUCAAUUUGGCUAUUUCGAGAAACGAAUCAAACAUUCUACGAUUGAGUAAAUCCCCGAAAGUGAUGGGUACUGUUGUCGAGGUGAAGGAAAACGAUAUUAAUAAUUCUAGUGAUUAUUUAGAAGAAAGAAACGUAACGAAAAGGAACGAGUCGCUCGUUGAGUUCAGCAAGCACAAUCCUGAGUUAGAUUGGAAAAAUCAUGUUAAGAUCGCUAUGGAAAAUGAAGAGGAACAUCAUGAUUUGGACGUUGAUUUUAUGAAUGAAAAACUUGAGAGGACUGCGAACAGCAUUCAAUGGUUCUCGGAUCUGUAUGAUCCACUUAAGUGGACGAGAGUACCCGGAAAACUUCAGGAUGAGUGUAGAAAGGAUAUGGAUUGUUUUCUCAAGUCUCUUAAGGAUGGAAAGCUCUGGGCUGCUAAGAUGUCCGAUGCAAGUGGCCGAUAUUCCUCGCAAUUUCAUUUUGGAAAUGACUUUUGGUUGGGCUCGAGUACACUAUGCAAAGAGAUCAACGUAACGAACGAGAAAAAUCUAACGGGUGGUUCGAAAAAUGCACCACCUUAUUCUGUCAGCUUUCACGUUGCGAGGAUGUACCUGACUUUGCCGGAGGAACUUGAAUUAUCGACACGACAAGUAUUUUUGGGUCUUUGCCUGCCAAGUUCCUGCGAUCGGCCGUCCUUGAUGUCAAUGUUAAGAGCCAGCGCGGAUCGAGUCGAACGAGAGGGUAAUUCUACAUAUCGAUCGGUUGGUCCGAAAAUUCACAUUUUAACCGUGAAACCGGUGCCGUUAAGCGACUACACCGUUUGGCAAGACCCCAAGUUCUACGUGCUCGCCACCGUCGGCGGAGGUAUACUUCUUUUAAUGAUAUGUGCCGCGAUCUACGAGCAAAAUAUCAUGAUAGAAAGUACAGAUAUCGAGUCUUCGAAUGUAACCAAUAAUAACGAGAAAGUGAUUAACUUUACGAAUAAAAAUUUAACUCAGGACAGUUGUAUCUCGAUAGUCCAAGAAAAUGGAGAGGAAUUGAUCGACAAAGGAUCGAACAAUAUACAAAAGGAUUUAACUACUCAGAUAAAGGAUGCUAACGAGAGAGGAUUUUGGGCGAAAUGUCUACUCGCUUUCAGUCCUACCGUAAAUGGUGGAAAAAUUAUCAGCACCGAACCAGCUGCUAGAGACAGUUUGACCUGCCUUCAUGGUCUUCGAGUCUUUUCAUUAGGAUGGGUCGUAAUGGUCCACACGUAUCUUCAAGUUUUUGCUAUCGCAGAGAAUAAAAUGCUACGUACUGUCACCGAGAGGAACUUUAUGUUCCAGACGAUCAGCAAUGCUACUUUCUCGGUCGAUACGUUCUUUUUCAUCAGUGGUCUUCUGGUCACGAUCUUGUUCUAUCGAUCGUUAGGAAGCUUGAAAAUCGAUAAAAGCGAUUUUCUGAAAACGAGCACGAGCAAGUUCAUCGUUAUGAUUCUCUACAGAUUCGUACGAUUGACACCAGCUUAUCUUUUCGUCCUUGGGAUUAACGAAAUCUCUAUAAAACAGAUUCAAGCGAAGACUGUCUUCACACCGGAGAUGGCUGAUCAUUUGAACUGCGACAAAUUUUGGUGGAGAAACGCUCUCUACUUAAAUUCUCUUUAUCCUCGUAAAGAAAUGUGUAUGCUGUGGAGUUGGUAUAUGUCGAACGAUACGCAAUUCUACGUUCUUGGUAUUCUUCUCCUUCUUUUCUCCGUCAAAUACAAGAGAAUUGUAAUCAUCCUGGUGAUACUUCUUAUCAUAUCUUCUUGCUUCACAACCUUCUCUGUAGCGUAUGCCAAUGACUACGUCGCAAGAAUACAAGAACCAUUCGCCCUUUUCGACGAACUUUAUGAUAAGCCUUGGUUAAGAGCCGGGCCUUAUUUCAUCGGUACAAUUACAGGAUAUCUGUUAUUCAAAACCAACUGCAAGAUCGAGUUAUCUGUGUGCGCGAAGUUGACAGGUUGGUUGCUGUCAGGAUUGAUAAUGUUCUCAGUGGUCUACGGCUUAUAUCCAGCUAAUUUAACGGUUGUGGUGAGUUCAAUUUACGCGGCCUUGGGUCACACUGCCUGGGCACUAGCAGUGGCCUUCAUCGUGAUCCAAUGUUGUACUGGUUCAGCUAAAAUGGUAGACAGCCUUCUGUCUCUGAGGCUGAUGUAUCCGCUAUCGCGGCUAACUUAUUGCGCUUAUUUGGUGCAUCCUGUCAUCAUGACGAUCACCGUUGCGCAAAUGGAUGGCCCGUUGCAUCUUCAUAACGGUAUUGUGCUCAUCGUUUACUUUGGCAAUCUUGUCGCCUCCUACCUCAUGUCAUUUUGCAUUUCCAUCGCUUUCGAGGCACCAGUUGUAAAUCUUUUGAAGAUCUUCUUUACUGGAAAAAAACGGACGAGAUAGGAUACAAAAUUUAUUGGCUUUCGUCAGUGACAUACGAGAGAAUCGAGAGAAAAAGCAACGAUAAACUGGUGUAUUCUUUAACGAAAAAAUCCUGCUAGAUGAUACAUAUAAUCCGUUCACGUUUUUGUAGAAAUGUAUAAACGUCGAAAAGGUAGUUAUACACGUAUACGUAUAUGUAUCAUUAAGCUUAGAAUAGUAUAUUUUGUAAAUAAUAUAUUUUAUAACAUUUAAAUCUUUUUAAUGCAAAUGAAUGUGAAAUAUUCCGUAAAUACGUAGCUAAAUCCGAAACAAAUGAGAAAAAGAGAUAGAAAAAUAUUAUCGUGUUCGGUUUUCUAUUGGCCUUUAUAACAUUCGUUAUUGUGUAUCGACAAAAAUAAAGUGAAGAAGUGUAUACUGU